UUAGUGUAUUGUGUGAAUGUCAAAUUUUAAAAUUUUUGAAAUUCUCGCCAGUUCCAUCCCCCGUACGUUCCGACGCUUGCAGGGAAUGGAACCCAGAAGACAGAUGCCGACAUCAACCGGAGGAGAUGGCCGGGGACGCUGCAGGGGGGACAUCGUGGGAGCGCAGGACAAGGUAAGUGCAGAAGAGAUCCCGGAGCAACGCUGCAGUGUAUUCCCAAGUGUAGCUCGGGGUUACCGCUUCUGGUACUGAAACUUUACCCCGAGCUACACUCGGGAAUACCACCAGGGAGGUUACGAUAUGACCGCUGUAAUUGCAGACAAUAGGGUGCGACUUGGCAUGCGAUUUGCAAAUUGCAUGGCAAUUCGCAUCCAGUGUGACCAGGGUGUAAUUGACCAAGCUGAAAUCAGAAGCUGAUUGGCUCCCAU